CGCCUCCAUCCCCACCCUCUCCUGAAAAAAAGGUUAGGACAACUUUCGAAGCAAAGUUGGUCCUUGGUGGCUAAAGGGCCGAACCGGAAGUUUGGGAUUGCUUUCUUGACUGUCGGUUAUCGACGGCAUUAGUCGGAAGACUUCUAAUUCGUUAGAGUGACAAAAAGAAAAGAAGACAAGAAAGUGAGCAAGCAAAACCUCCCUCGGGGCUGAUAUUGUGCUAGGUCUGAAACCGUCUGGCGUAUGGUUUUCCCAUUCCGAGCAGAAAAGUGACCAACGGAAAAUGCAAACACAACCAAAAUAAUAGCCAAACACAUUAUAGCCAGGCCUGCCGAUAUCGAUGCGUGCGGUUCAGCAGAGGGCGAAGAAAGCGGUGUGACCAGCAGUUGUUGGCGGUCAAGAGCGACCAGCAGCAGCAGUAGUAACGGUCGGUGGUCAUCGAAGGGCACCCGCGAUUGAUCGGCUGUGUGUAACUAAUUUUGGCCCGGUCGGAGUUUUCGUGAUUUUCCCUUCGUUCAGGAAGCAAUUUGGUUUUGUUUUGUUUCUGCUUCUCGGGUGGCGUGUAAAUAACGUGCGAUAAACGGCGCCAGCUAGAGCUACUGUGGCGUGUGAAAAUGUAAAUCGUGAAGGGAGGUAAAUAUUUGUGGCGAUCAAUUUGAUCGAUUUAGUGGAAGUGGAAUCGGUUGGCAAAGUGGUUGGAAAAUAGUGGUGAGUUUAUUGUCAACGACCAGCAGAAAAAAUAUUUCACGAGCAACUAGGCAGCAGCUACUGGAAGCAAAAUGACGGAUGCCGACAACUACGAUGACGAGCUGGUUUCGGCAAAUCCCAAUCAACGCAACUGGCGUGGAAUUUUAAUCGCCUUGCUCGUCAUCAUCAUCGUCCUGGCGCUGAUUGUAACAUCUGUGGUACUGCUCACACCACCGGAUGAAGGUCCUCGGGUGAAAGGCCAACGAAUCAAGCUGCAGGAUAUAAUCGAUGGGGAAUACGCUCCCAAGAAGCUCAAUGGCAGCUGGAUCGGACCGAAUGAGUUCCUGUAUCAGAACCACUGGGGAGAAAUCAGUUUGCUCAACAUGAACAAUCUGUCGGAACGGAUACUGAUGUCCAAUACAACAGUGAAAACACUCGCACUGGCCAAAUUCUCCAUUUCGGCGGACCGAAUGUUUCUGCUGUUGGCGCAAAACGUGAAGAAACUUUUUCGUCACUCCUUUCUGGCGCAGUACACCAUCUUCGACGUCACGACCAGCGAAAUGAUCCCGCUAACCCUAAAAGCGGACAGUGAAGACUGGCCAUUUCUGCUGCACGCCGAGUUCACCCCCAAGGGCCAAGCGAUAGUCCUGGUGCACACGUACGACAUCUACUACAAACCGUCGGCACGAGCCACCCAAACGUAUCGGCUCACGAAAACCGCAAUCCCGGGCAUCAUCUACAACGGCGUUCCGGAUUGGCUUUAUGAGGAGGAAAUCCUACAAAGCAACAAGGCGAUUUGGCUAUCGAACGACGGCCACCUGAUGCUGUACAGCACCUUCAACGAUUCGCUGGUGCAGGAGCAACAGUUCUCCUGGUACGGUAUGACCGACGGCGAUAUCAAUCUCUAUCCGGAGAUCCGCUCGUUAAGGUAUCCCAAGCCGGGAACGAAGAAUCCCACCAUCACGCUGAAAGUUGCCGAUUUGGCCGACCCCAAGAGCAUACGAACCAGAGAUAUAACGCCACCACCGAUCCUCGUGAAUCAGGAACACUACUUCACCAGUGCAGCCUGGGUGUCCCAGACCGAGGUCAGUGUCGUUUGGAUGAACCGGCUGCAAAACCUCUCGGUCGUAACGCUGUGCAAGAGCCCGAUGUGGUACUGUCAAGAGACUCACCGCAUCAGUGGCGACGGCCGAGGAUGGGUCGACGAAAUGUCGGUUCCGUUCUUCAGUCAAAACGGAAGCUCCUACAUAGCCAUAUCGCCGCUUCGGGAUGGAACAGCAGGACAUUUCCGGCAUCUCGUCCAUCUCCACAUCGGCAAAAAGCGAAUUAUUCCAUUAACGCAUGGCCACUUCGAGGUGAACAAAAUACUGCACUGGGACCAGACCAACAAUUUCGUCUACUAUCUGGGUAUCCCAGAGCACUCGCCCGGACAGCAACAUUUGUACCGGGCUUCAUCACUGCCACCGAAACAGGGCACUCCCCCUCGUCCUCCCCGAUGUCUGACCUGUAGCCAUCAGCCCAGUGGUCAAGCACACGUCAGCAAAGUGAAAGCAUCGAACCGUGUACAACAGCAGCAAUGGAACGACGACUGGGAGGAUGACCACUUGGAUGAACUGGAGGAGGACGACUACAUUGAUAUUCCCGUCACAACUCCAUCGCCGAAGAAGAAGCGCCAAUCAGAAGAGCCACCAAGCCCACCGACGCCGUGUCAGUUCUUUACGGCGACCUUCGCUCCCAACAGCAAUGAAUUUGCCCUUAUCGAGUGUCUGGGCCCGGUUAUACCAUUCAGUGCCAUCUAUCGGAUCCAGGUGGAUCCCACCAAGAGCCCUACGCAAGUUUUGUACUACCUGCAAAACAACACCGCACUGGCGGAAAGGAUUUCCAAAGUGGCACUGCCACAGGUGAGAUCCUUCCCGGUUAUGAUUUCCGGCGGAUAUCACGCUCAGGUGCGACUGUUUCUGCCACCGGGGCUGCGAGAGGAUGAAAUCACUCGGUACCCGAUGGUGGUGCACGUCUACUCGGGCCCCGGAACGCAACUGGUGACGGAUAAGUGGCGCAUCGAUUGGAACACCUAUCUGGCCGGUACGAAGGACUACAUCGUAACGCAGAUCGACGGGCGCGGUUCCAGCGGUCAGGGCUAUCAACUUCUGUACGAGGUGUACCGCAGGCUCGGCACCGUGGAAGUCUCCGAUCAGCUCGAGGUCGCCGAGUAUCUGCGCGACAGUUUGCACUUUGUCGAUAAACGCCGCGUGGGCAUCUGGGGCUGGAGUUACGGUGGCUACACGGCUGCCCUGGCGAUGGCCAGCCCAACCUCGCUGUUCCAGUGCGGUAUCAGUGUCGCGCCGGUCACUAAUUGGAAACUUUACGACUCGACGUACACGGAGCGGUACAUGGGUCUUCCGAACGUGACCGACAACUACAAGGGCUACGAGGAUAGCGAUUUAUCAAAACACGCUGAAAAGCUGCGUGAUAAGCAAUUUCUUAUGGUUCACGGCACGGCCGACGAUAAUGUGCACUUCCAGCAGACGAUGGUUUUCUCGAAAGAACUGUCGGCGAAGGGCGCCCUGUACAAGCAGCUGAUCUACCCGGACGAGGGCCACAAUCUGGUCGGCGUGAAAAAGCAUCUCUACCGAUCGAUGACGAUAUUCUUGGAGGAGUGCUUCCGAAAGUUGGUACCCCAGGAGGUGAAAGCAGGCCUCGGCAACGGCGGCUCGAGUGAUUAAUAUUUGCUCGACUACUUCGGUGACACUGACUCAGCGUCAAGUUUCUUGUAAAAGUUUCUUCCUACUUCUUCGAACAGACUUACUACUUACUCGCGCAGUUUUUCAGCAGCCUCGACCAUUUGCCUUUCGGGCGCUGUCUGAUGGGUAGGCGUUUCUCCAUUAUAGUGCCACGGUUCCAUGUCUUUCUCUUUAUGAUUCUGAAUCUCGCUGAUGGAGUGGACGGAGUAGGCACGCGUAUAGGAUUAACCAUGGAACCGUGGGGUAGUGUUUUUGCAAACGUUAUCAUAACUGACGAGUUUGGUAGCUAGGAGAGCUCGUCCAUUAGAGAAUACAGCCUUGACGGGACAAACGUAGGAAACUUUAUCAGCAAACUUGUAGCCGAUUCGAACCUGCCUGUUGGGUUCGAAGAUAGUCACGUAGUGUUAUCGGAAGUAAUGAUCUACAAAAAAAAACUUCAAUGAAAAAAACACACACAUCAAAGCAAUUACUAAUUAGAGCGCAAAGCGAAAAGAAAAUCAAGAACAAAAUAUGGUUGUGACACAUGCAGAGAGGAUGCGGCGGAAUCUGUUUUCGCUACAUAGGAUCAUCCUCGUUUACAGUAAGUUGUCUGCGCUAGGGUCUCGCUCGAGAGAUCGAUCUAGACGCAGUGUACAGACGAUAAUAUUUAAAACAAAAUUGUAAAACAAAUAUUGCUCAAUGAUCUGCCAGGGGAGAAAAAGAUGGUGAUUGAAACUGAGUUUUCCGAGCAGGGGAGAAAAUCUAGUGCAUAACACAUUCAGUUAUUACCAAUUGAAUUACUAAAGAUCAAAACUGAUAUUGGUUUGACUGAGAUAUGAGGCAAAACAUCAGAUAUAAUAUCAAAUUCUAAUAUGGAAAAGUACUCAGUAAUAGCUUGUUAAGAUAUCACAAGAUCAAAGCAAAAUCAGACAAGUUCUGUCGACAUUUUUCCGACUUCAAAGAAAUUUCCAACCGCUAAAAUCGAACCUUCGACCUUAUGAUCCACAGGUGGUGAUACUUACCGCUUAACUGUAGCUCACUCUUGUACCGACUUUUCGAACCCUCUAAGCAGAAUACCCUCUUCAAAUGAGUGUAAACAAUUUCGUACCUUUUAAUUCCGCCCCAUUUUGCUUAUCCUUUGAAAGAUAUGCGUAUUUCAACUACCACUUGUAAUCUUCCUCCAGUGGAUAACUGAUACUGAGGAAGAUUACAAGUGGUGGUCGAAAUACGAGUAUCUGUCAAAGGAUAAGCAAAAUAGGGCGGAAUUCAAAGGUACGAAACUGUUUACACUCAUUUGUAGCUCAUAAAUAGCUAUAAAGAGCAUAUGGUCUGUAGAAGACCACAGUUCUUAUUGGCGUCCUGUACGUGGCCUACAGCCAUUAAAACAAUUGUGGAAUUGCGAAAAUUACGAAAUUACGGAGAAUGUUUUUUGGCGAAACUGCUGUAAGAAAUGUUGGUAUCUGCUGUAAGAUGUAAGAUUAUCUUAUGAUACAAAGCAAUACCUGCACCAUGGAUGAACUUUCAGCAAGAUUUCCUGAAAUAUUUUUUUUUUCAGGAAUAUAUUUUAAAAUUAACAAUGCAAGAAAUUUUUUGCUCUUCGAAGAAAUUGUAUAGCUGAACUCACCCACAGAAAUUCCUUAACAAAUUUCUCGCAAAGUGAUCCAACGUCUGUGAAAAAGUUAUACCCUAGGUAAAGUGAGGAUAAACUUUAUUGUUGUUUUUCCAAUACAUGUAAAGGAAUAAUAUCAAUAAUGAAAUUUCAAUACUUUGCCUCACUUUGUUUAGGGUAUACAUAACUAUUUUCACAGACGUUGGAUCACUUUGCGGUCUUCGACAAAGUUGUUUGGUAUAUAGUCACCUACAAUAAUACCAAAGGGUUUGAUUAUUGAACGCUUACAGCGCCACCUAGCGGUAAAAUUCGAAAACUAAAAAUUUCUACAUAGAUUUGGCCAAGUUUUCCCAUACAAACUUCAAACGAUUUGAGCGCCCCCUUAGACUCAACAGAUUUUGCUUAAAUUUUGAACGUAGCAUCUGGGAAUCCAAAACAACUGAUUUAGGAGGUAAGACUUGGCAUUUUUCGAAAUUUUUGUUUUUCAUAUACCGUCAAGGCACCAUUCACCGUGGAUCUAAGAGGAUUCGGGGCAAAUAAGGGCUAUCAUUUGACACCAGUCUUAUAAACAAUGUUGGUGCCGCUUUCAAUUGCCUUCAUUAUAGGUUAAAAUUAAAGCAAUGUCCACAGAAGUACAAAAUUUUCCACAAAAUUUGGUGAUAUAGUACAAUUAGUAAAGGGUAGUAGGGUCGCCUAAUUCCGUGGUAGGUCACCAUUCACCGUGGUAGUAGGGACCCAUUCACCGUGUAUGAGAAAUAUUAUUCUACUUUGUUUAAAAAUGAUCAAAACAACCCAGCCAAGGGAAUUUUCUUCGUUUAAAUUCAUUUCAAGUAAUAACUUGCAAGAUUUUAUUAGAAAAACGAAUGUUCAAAUUUUCGAUUUUUUCUAGAUAUAUGGGACAAUAUGGGGCACGGUGAAUGGAGACCAUUGAUUUUUAGGGUACCCAUUUACCGUGCCUUUUUGUUUCAAUUAAAAAGUACGAGUAAUCGUACUUUCUUGUUAAACUUACUUCGGUAAUGCAAAAAACAUACCUGAUAUGUGAAUUUAAUUGCUUCUUGGUGGAAUAAAAACAUUACUACAUUUAGUUUAUCGCUUAAAUCACCUUAGCGCAGAUUUUGUUUUUUCACUAUGAAUGCAGUGAACGAGCAGAAACCCGCUUCAUGUAAACACACUUUAGUGUCAAAAUGAUACUUUUAAAUGUUUUUAAUGAGCGUUUUGACAUGGUAACAAUACAUUAGUGUUGUAUUGGUGAAAUUGAAGGGAAAUUGUCGUAUCAUUCAAUCAUAAUAUGGAAAUAAUGAAAAAAUAUUCGGAGGCACACGGUGAAUGGAGCCCCCACGGUGAAUGGCGCCUUGACGGUAAGUGUGGGCCACCCUAGACUCCAUUAAUAAAAUGGUCGACUUUUUGGAAAGAGUUUUAAAAAUUCUUAGAUUUUUAGUUGGUCAACUAGUUGUCUAUCAAUGAAUCAACUUUGGGAAAGAUCGGAUUUGCACGGUCUUGUUCAAAACAUUUUCAUAUUUAGGUCAAUACAAGGUGAAGUUUUGGCUUUUUAUUAAUAUAUUGGAGAAAAUCAUAUCUCAAUUGUUUAUUUCCUUGUUUAAAAAGUAAAGAGCUUUUGGAAGAUGAAUAUAUGAGUCAUAAGUAUUUAAAAUUUCAUUCCAUUUGAUUCACUAAAUUCGAAGAUACAUCAGUUCAAAAAUGGCUAUCAGAUUAUUAUGUGUUUUACUAAAAUCCCUCUAAAAAUCAAAAUUGGACCAAUAAGAAACAGCUUAUUGAUCAACUUACAGUGAAAACUUUAGAACCUUUGAUACAUUAACGAAAAGUUAAAGCAUGUUGAACAUUUUUUGAAAAGGGUUUUUUUCUGUACUGAUCAUUUUGUUUAUCCCCUGUAUAAGUAUAUUGAGCCUUAGGUUUGACUUUAACAGUGUUGCCAGUUUCCAUCCCUUAUCUAAACUCCAUUGCACGGUGACGUGAUCAAGAAAUCGUUCUCUUUCUCUCCUACGGGAAAUUAUAAAACAACAGGACCAACACCUGUCAAAUUUGACAGGUACUGGUCCUGUUGUUCUCAAACUCUCUGAAAGAGCGAAAGAGAUAGAAUUUUGCCGUGAGGUGGUCUAUACAGCCUUUAUGUAGGAAUAUUUUGACAAGACAAUUUCCAUACAAUUGUGUUUGACUUUAUAAACCACUACGUAACAGUUGGCACCUGGUUAUCAAUUCAACUUUGCUGAGCAUUCGUAUUUAUUAUCAUACAAACAUAAUUAUAAUUGCUGCUCAAUAUUAAAUUAAAUUUUCUUAUUAAGCAGUCCUACCAGUGAUCAUAAUGUUUGUGUGGUUUUUUUCCUACAAUAUUGGAUGCUGGUUCAUUAGGCCGAAGGUCAUUAGGCCGAAGGCCAUUAGACCGAAGGUCAUUAGGCCGAAUGGUCAUUAGGCCGAAUGGUCAUCAGGACGAAUUGAAAGUUAACCGUUGUUUUUACCUUUUCCAACAAUUUUUGCCAAAAACUAGUUUAACAAUGAAAUUAGAAAGAAUAGCCUAUGUUUUAGCAAUGAUACUAGAAAGCACAGCCUAUAUUUAAAAGAAGGAAAAAUUGAUGGGUAAAAUAUCAGUAGAUUCAGCAUCAAUAAAGUAUCUUCGUGCCUGUCACACGAUAAACACAUGCAAAAUGGUCAUUUGCAGAGGAAGCUCUCAGUUAAUAACUGUGGAAGUUCAUAGAACACUAAGCUGAGAAGCAGGCUUUGUCUCAGUGGGGACGUAACGGCAAGAAGAAGACCCAAUGACCAUUCGGCCUAAUGACCAUUCGGCCUAAUGACCUUCGGCCAUAGGCGUAACUACGGGGGUGCCGGUGGUGCCACCCGGCACCCCCUACAAUUUUGUUGCAUUGCUGUGAGAUAUGGGGCGGUGAAUAAUGAAUAUAUGAACUAAUGAAUAAUUGUUUGUAGUGCACCCCCUGGCAAAAAUUCGUAGUGUCGCCCAUGCCUUCGGCCGAAUGGCCUUCGGCCUAAUGACCUUCGGCAGAAUGGCCUGACACCGCACACAACAAAAUCCCCUCGGAAAAAGGAUUCUAUUUAGACAAUUCAACUAGUUCUGUCAUCUGAAAGCUAAAUUUCAAAUAAUGACUCAUCAGGCGCUAAUCCCCUAAGGACAUUUGAGCAUGAGCAUGAGCAUAGAUGACCGUACUAUUCGUAGUUGCUACUCCGUGAUUGACCAGAACAAUCGAAGUUGCACAAGGAACCAACAGACGGAGCUUGGGAGUAGCUUACCGUCCUCAAUGUGCAUCUUCGAGAAUUCCAAACUUUAUUAGGUCAAUAACGGCGCCGGCCACGUCCUUACGGUCAUCGAGGAAGGAAAGGAAUGUUAUUAUGACGUGCGUUGCUUACUAAAGACCGAGAUCACCUCUGCGUCUCCACGUCUGUCAUGGGAAGGACUUUUUGUUAGUGGGGAGGGGAAAGGGCGCAUGAUAUGAGUUCACUUUGGUAAGUGGAGUGAUUCAUGCAACCCUAUUAAUAUCAAACCACUUAUUUUCAUUUGGACUAAAACAAAACACAUGCCGACAUCGAAGAUGACGAACCAUUCAGAUAGUUUUCGAAGUGCGAAAAUAAACGAAAGAGAAAAUAAAGUGAUUUGAACCAACGUGGCUUUGGAACUUGGGCCGACACUUGACGUAACGAACAUUUCAAUGUCUGUUGACUAAAAUCGCAAAAAAUGUUGUUUGUUGCAUUUAUCGUAUCAUAAAUCGCCCCGUACGAAGAUGAGCAGUCAAAUAGACGACGACGACGACCGAAUGAAAACGCGGCCUGUAAACUUUUCCUCCAAAAACUCACUAAAUCACCCCGUACGAAGAUGAGCAGUCAAAUAGACGACGACGACCGAAUGAAAACGCGGCCUGUACACUUUGCCUCCAAAAACUCACUCUCGCAAAAAUCUAACAAAGCGAGCGCGCGAAACUUUGCUGCUGCCGAACUACCGCACACUACUGACUCGCGCUAAUCCCCUAAGGACAUUUCACCAGGAAGAGGUUGGAGUUCUGAUUAUUAAAGCUAUGAAAAAUAAGUAAAAAAACCUUCUCACAUUUUCAGUUUUUGAUUGAAUUGCGGUACGAUUGUCACCGUCUAAGUUGAUACAAGUUGAUCAAUUCGAAACCUUUCAAAUAGUUAAUUUAUACAUAUAUGGAUCGAACGAACCUACGCAAACUCAGUUUCAAUCACCACUAAAACUACCUGCAAAAUAGAGCUUGAAAACCACCACACCAUCAGUCGUCAUUUGCCAAACCACCCAAGUGAAAUAACUAGAAUUAUAAUCCGAAACCCGUGCCAGCCGAAGUGUGCGAUAAUUCUGUAAAUCUGUUUUCAUCUUUGUCGGUCGCAAAAUAUUUUAAUCCUUUCAACACCCUCGCACUCCUAAUUCAUGAUACCAACCAACUAAACAACAACGAUGAAUUUUAUCUCAUCCCAUCCAGCGUAGAGUGUCAGAAAAGUGGUAGCAUUUAAAUUGUGUACAUAUAGACAUGUGAUAUAGGCUACAUCUUGAAAAUGAUACUCAUGACAGAAAGCGCGACAAUGCAAGUUUCCGAAUGGCGAAUUCGGAACCGACGAUGGAGAAAUUCGUAAGACUUGAAGCGACUAAUAAACAACCAAAGCAUUAGAAUUAUUAAGCAUGACAUGUAUAAGUUUCAACGUCCUUUGCAUCCAAACUAACGAUGAUUCUAGAAAUGGUGGCAACGAGAGCAAGAUGCAAACAAUUAAACUAUAUUACUACACGGUGUGUCUGGUAGAACAAAUUUAUUACAAAAAAAUGGGCAUCGCUAAUUUUUACGCUACGUGAAAGUUGACGGUACCAGCUUUCAUUCAAGCCCAACAUCGAAAUAUUCCAUCGGGGGAACUUUUUCAUACAAAAAUUGGGUAUGUUUGUUAAGUAGAAAUAGGGAUUAAUUUGGAACCGUGCAUUUUGUAUGGGGAAAAACAGUAUUCUGAAAAAGUUGUUCGGGAUCCCUCGGGGGAUUUUUUGAGGGACCCUGCAAAUGAAAGCUGAAAGCCUCUAUUUUUGAAUAACGAAAAAUUUGACGAUGCCCAUUUUUUUGUUAUAAACUUUUCCCAUACAUACGCCGUGACUAAUGAGAGGGUUCUCCGAUCUGCUCUUUUUAGAGCAUUUUCAAACCAAUCAAUAUUUUUCAGAUAAUUCUGCAGUUGGUAGAAGUUCUACCAGUGGAGGGAGAGUAAACCCCCGAAUAUAUAAUAAGCAAUAUACUGGCUAAACAUUUUUGACUGUCGAAAAGAUUCCCAGUUUAGCAUCCCGUACUAAAAAAAUGCUUCCAACGGUACAACAGAAACCCUAGGUUGCCAUAAGAUAUUUGUUAAAUAUUUGAACAUUUGAAAUAUGUAAUGCUAAUUAUAAAUCAUAUCAACUCUACAAAAGGCAUCAAUUCAAACCUAGAAUUUCAAGACGUAGAGAUUCAAUCAUUGACGGUCAAACGAGCGACGGUCUAGACGGGUGAUGGUUGCAUCACCGACGAACCGACGUGACAGCUAGAACAAAUAAAUUCAAAUUUGUUGUCCCCGACGCCAUGAUGAAAAAUAGCCAAACACUACCGCCUCCUUUAUAACGUUUCGCGUUGUUUUGAUAGCUUGACUCCAAACCCCCGUGUAUUCAUAUAGGAAGAGGUUCGCGUCUGCGCUGAUUUGACAGAAGCGUUCGCUCACUUCGUUGGUCGACCGUUAAAUUUGGGGGGGGACAGUUUUGAAUCACCACUGUCACGUCGGUUCGUCGGUGGUUGCAUAUGGAAAAAAGUCGUUAUGGUUACCAAUGGUAUCUAUUGUCGAAUUUGUUUUUGGAUUGGAACUGGAUUGGCGGAAAAUGUGUAAACAAACAAACGUCAAACAAACUCGAACAAACUUUAGUACAAGCGAAACCGAAGUCGGGUUGGGGUUGAAACUGUGAUCUCAUCCAGUUCCAACCCAGGUUGGAACUGAAUCAAAAACGAAUUCGACAUA